AUGUAUAGUGCAGUUCCAAAAUUAGCAGAUAUUUAUGCAACACCCAAACCAGAACUUCCGGAUGAUGAUUUGACUUUUCUUCGAUCUAUGAUCGAGAAGCCAGAACCACCGCCAGAUCCAAUUGAUUUUAAUUUUCUUAAAAAUGAAUUGGCAAAAAGGCGUCCUGCACCAGUUCCAAAACCGAAAGGAAUUGAACUUAUUGAGCCACAAACUAAACCUUCAAAACACAUCCCAAAAUAUCUUACAACAGGAAAAACGUCAGCAUUCUCAAAACGAACAGAGUCAAGGCCAACUACUACAUUUAAAGAAAGAGAUGAGCAACCACAACCUCCAAAACCUGAAAUUAAAAAAGAAUCCGCCACAAAUUCGCCACCAAGCAACAACAAUCAAUCGAUAGCUCCACUUGCAUUAGAAAAUACUGUAGAACAUGUUGAGCGAAAAGCUAUCAAAAAACCAAAGAAAUAUUAUGGAUAUAGAUAUAUUGGUGAUUUAGACGGAGAAAUAGGUGUUUUAUCAGCAAAAAUAGAUGUAGAUAAAGAGAAAGAUCGAAAUAUUGCAGAAGAUUUUGCAGAACUUCCGUAUCUUACAAAUACGUAUAAAAAACCUGCUCCUCCAGUAGUUAAACAAAAGAGAGUUAAGCCUCGCGAUUUAUUCUCUAUUAGCAUUUCGCCAGACUCUAAAGAAGCUGCUAAACAAAGAAAUCAAUCAAAAUUGGAACUUGAACAACAGAUUAUUAAGUCAUUAGACCCGGUUGAAGGUGACACUCAAUUGUAUUUACAAACCGAAACUGGAAAAUUACUUCCUAUUGUUGUAUCUCGUUUGAAAGAUUAUUGA